AUGGCCUUUGCAGACUCUCCCUACCUCUAUCUUGCUGCUAUGCUUGCGGUCAUUGGAGCUAUCUCGUUGUUCCUUCAUGGCGCGUUGCAACCCGGUCGUCAACCUACGUCACUGCCACCGGGCCCGCCAACGGUCCCCAUUUUUGGCAAUGAGUUGCAAAUCCCGAAAACUGAUGCACACUUUCAAUUCAUGAAAUGGGCUGAACAGUACGGUGGCAUCUUUUCUCUCAGGCGCUUCAAAAACACCACCAUCGUCAUCAGUGACCGGAAAAUCAUCAAAGAGCUCAUCGACAAGAAAAGUAAUUUGUACUCCCAUCGGCCCAAGUCGCUGGUUUCCCAUCUCAUCACCCACUCGGACCACCUUCUGGUGAUGCAGUACGGAGACACCUGGCGGAUGCUGCGCAAAAUGAUCCACCAGUAUUUCAUGGAGUCCAAUUGUGAAAAGGAACAUUGGAAAGUACAGGAAGCCGAAGCAAAUCAGAUGCUAUAUGACUUUCUUACCAUGCCGGAAGACCACAUGCUUCAUCCCAAACGAUACAGUAACAGUGUUACCAAUUCGUUGGUGUUCGGCAUUCGGUCCAAAACCGUGCAUGACGAGUACAUGGAGAAAUUAUUCUAUCUGAUGGAGAAGUGGUCGUUAGUUCAGGAACUCGGGGCCACUCCUCCGGUCGAUGACUUUUGGCUGUUGCGAAACCUGCCCCAGUGGAUGACGGGGAAUUGGCGGAAUCGAGCCCUGGAGGUGGAGAAUUUGAUGCAGUCGCUGUAUUCAACGGUGUUGGACCAGGUACGCGACCGUCGAGCUCGGGGCAUCCAUCGCGACUCGUUCAUGGAUCGAGUGUUGGAUCACAUGCAGAAGACACCUCUCUCGGAGAGCCAACUACGGUUUUUGGGGGGCGUAUUGAUGGAAGGCGGAUCGGAUACUUCGUCCUCGUUGAUUUUGACCAUCAUCCAGGCCAUGACCAAGUUUCCUGCCGUGCAAGCGAGAGCCCAUGCGGAAAUAGAUCGCGUGGUGGGAUCGGAACGAUCGCCUGCCUUGUCGGAUUUCGCCCGGUUACCGUACAUCAACUGCAUCAUCAAAGAAGCGCAUCGUUGGCGACCAGUCAGUCCCCUGGGGGUAUCCCAUGCUGUGGCCCAGGACGACUACAUCAACGGCAUGUUCCUCCCCAAAGGUGCCACGAUCGUGCUGAAUGUCUGGGCCAUCCAUCACGAUCCUCACUGCUGGCCGGACCCGGAUCGAUUCGAACCAGCCCGAUUCGAAAACUAUCCAGCCCUGGCCCCGACCUACGCUGCAACGGGGGAAUGGGACAAACGCGAUCAUUAUGGGUACGGGGCUGGCCGACGCAUCUGUCCGGGCAUCCAUUUGGCAGAACGCAACCUCUUCAUUGGCGUUGCAAAACUGUUGUGGGCAUUUGAGUUCAUGCAGCCAGUCAAUAGCUACAGUGACAUUGAUCCGGAGUCGGGGGCCAGUCAGGGAUUUUUGCAUUGCCCGAAGACUUAUAGCUGUGGAGUCCGAUUGCGGGCCCCGGAGAAGAGGGAGACGAUAUCGAGGGAGUUUCGGGAGGCGCAGGAGAUCUUUGCCCGCUUCGACUAG